AUGAAAAUCUAUAAAGAUAUUAUCACUGGCGAUGAGAUGUUCUCAGAUACCUACAGAAUCAAACUGGUAGAUGAAGUAAUUUACGAAGUGACUGGCAGGUUGAUAACAAGAGGACAAGGGGACCUCAAAAUCGAGGGUUUCAACCCCUCAGCUGAAGAGGCAGAUGAGGGCACUGAUGAAGCCGUCGAGAGCGGUGUUGACGUAGUCCUUAACCACAGGCUUGUCGAAACAUACGCUUUCGGUGACAAGAAAUCCUACACAUUAUACCUGAAAGACUACAUGAAAAAAUUAGUAGCAAAAUUGGAAGAGAAGGCACCCGACCAGGUUGACGUGUUCAAAACGAAUAUGAACAAGGUUAUGAAAGACAUCCUAGGUAGGUUUAAGGAACUCCAGUUCUUUACUGGAGAGUCCAUGGAUUGCGAUGGCAUGGUCGCCAUGUGUGAAUAUAGGGACAUCGACGGUGUCUCAACACCUAUCCUCAUGUUCUUUAAGCAUGGUCUUGAAGAAGAGAAGUUUUAA